UUCAGAGGAAUGUGAAACCAAAUCAUUUACAAGUUAAAGAUAGAACUAAGAGUACAUAGCAUCUUGGGCACUAGUUUCAACUUAGUCUCUUGAAGACUGUUGCCUUGGGAGUUUUCUUUUCACUGCCUCCAAGGCACCUCAGUUUUUAUUCUAUCAGACUCUCAUUUAGUGUUUUGGAAUAACUAGGAGUGUGUAAGAAGAUCAUGGUGCAUGCUGCAGGAAUGAUUGAAGACUGUGGGAAAAGAGGAACUACCAUGGCAGAAAGGAGGCAGCUGUUUGCAGAAAUGCGUGCUCAAGAUCUGGAUGGCAUCCGUUUGUCCACCUACAGAACAGCAUGCAAGCUUAGAUUUGUACAGAAGAAAUGCAACUUACACCUUGUGGAUAUUUGGAAUGUGAUUGAAGCAUUGCGGGAAAAUUCAUUGAACAACCUGGACCCAAACAUAGAGCUGAAUGUGGCCCGGCUUGAAGCAGUAUUGUCAACAGUUUUCUAUCAACUUAACAAACGCAUGCCAACAACCCACCAGAUCAAUGUAGAACAAUCCAUCAGUUUACUUCUCAACUUCUUGCUGGCAGCUUUCGAUCCAGAAGGACAUGGAAAAAUUUCUGUGUUUGCUGUCAAAAUGGCCUUGGCAACACUUUGCGGGGGAAAGAUCAUGGAUAAAUUAAGAUAUAUUUUCUCAAUGAUAUCAGACACAAGUGGUGUAAUGGUUUAUGGAAGAUAUGACAUGUUUCUACGAGAAGUUCUGAAGCUGCCCACUGCUGUCUUUGAAGGUCCCUCUUUUGGUUACACAGAGCAAUCAGCAAAAUCUUGUUUCUCCCAACAGAAAAAAGUCACUCUGAAUUCUUUCUUGGACACUCUUAUGUCUGAUCCUCCACCUCAGUGUCUGGUAUGGUUACCACUUCUGCAUCGCUUGGCAAAUGUUGAGAAUGUCUUCCACCCUGUUGAGUGUUCCUACUGCCAUAGCGAGAGCAUGAUGGGAUUUCGCUAUCGAUGCCAGCAGUGUCACAAUUACCAGCUCUGUCAAGAUUGCUUCUGGAGGGGACAUGCCAGUGGUUCCCAUAGCAACCAGCACCAAAUGAAAGAAUACACGUCAUGGAAAUCACCUGCUAAGAAGCUAACUAAUGCCCUUAGCAAGUCUUUAAGCUGUGCUUCCAGCCGUGAACCUUUGCACCCAAUGUUCCCUGACCAGCCUGAAAAACCUCUAAACCUGGCUCAUAUUGUAGAUACCUGGCCUCCUAGACCAGUCACCAGCAUGAAUGACACACUGUUCUCCCACUCUGUUCCCUCAGGAAGCCCAUUCACGAAUAGAAGGUUGCUUGAGAGUAUAAAUGUAGCCAAUGAUGUGGCUGAUGAGCAUUCUGUUAUAAAGCUGUAUGUAAAUCAGCUUAACAACAAUUCACGCUCUCCUUACAAGAGUAAUGAAGUAGAGCAGAACAAAUUGCUGGCUAGGGCUGCUCCAGCUUUUUUGAAAGGCAAAGGGUUACAGUAUAGCCUCGAUGUUGCAGACAGGCUGGCUGAUGAACAUGUUCUCAUUGGGUUGUAUGUCAACAUGCUCCAGAACAACCCCUCACGUUUGCUUGACAGUCCAAACCGUCUAGAUGAAGAGCACAGACUGAUCGCCAGGUAUGCGGCGAGACUCGCAGCAGAGACUACUUCAUCACAGGCACAACAGCAAACCCAACAGAGAGGUGCUCCAGAUAUCUCAUUUUCUAUUGAUGCAAAUAAGCAACAACGACAGCUUAUUGCAGAACUUGAAAAUAAGAACAGAGAAAUCUUACAAGAGAUUCAGAGGCUGCGACUUGAACAUGAACAGGCAUCUCAGCCCACACCAGAGAAGGCAGCGCAGAAUCCCACCCUUUUGGCAGAACUUCGGCUGCUUCGGCAAAGGAAGGAUGAGCUAGAACAGAGGAUGUCUGCUCUUCAGGAAAGCCGGAGAGAACUUAUGGUCCAAUUGGAAGGCCUCAUGAAACUGCUGAAGGAGGAAGAAAUGAAGCAGGGAACCCAAGGGGCAGGCUCUCCGCGUUCAUCUCCCAGCCAUACCAUCAGUCGACCAAUUCCAAUGCCCAUCAGAUCUGCAUCUGCCUGUUCAACUCCAGCACACACACCUCAGGACUCUCUGACAGGUGUAGGGGGAGAUGUGCAAGAAGCUUUUGCACAAGGCACAAGGAGGAAUUUAAGAAAUGACUUGCUGGUGGCAGCAGAUUCUAUCACCAACACUAUGUCUUCUCUGGUGAAAGAACUAAACUCAGAAGUUGGAAGCGAAACAGAGAGUAAUGUGGAUUCUGAGUUUGGUCGGACUCAUUUUGAUGACCUUGUCCCAUCACCCACUUCCGAAAAGGCUUUCCUUGCGCAGAUCCAGGCCCGGAAGCCAGGCUACCUUCACAGUGCAGCUGCCACUGGAACCAUUCGCAGCGAUAUGGUUACAGAAGAUGGAGAUCCUUAUGUUAGAGCAGAUGAUGAGAACUAUGAAAAUGAUUCUGUCCGCCAGCUAGAGAAUGAGCUCAAGAUGGAGGAAUAUUUGAAACAAAAGCUUCAGGAUGAAGCUUAUCAGGUCAGCUUGCAAGGAUGAGUAGCUAUCCUUGCAUCACUCUCCUUUCCAGAAAGCUGCAGUCAAACGGACAACGAAAGUGAUGUAAGAACAGAUGAGGAGGAGAGCUGCACCCAUAUGGAUGACAGAGAUAAGAUGGCUGCCAACUUCACUGAAGAAGUGAAACAAGUGCAGCUCCUCUGACAUACAAUAACCAAUUAGAUCUGAAGACUGUAGCACAGUACCUUUUUGUUCUAAAAGUUGUAGUUUGUAGGUGUUUGUUUUGAAGAAAAAGGAAAAAGACUUUUAUUUAAAGCUAAGUUAAUAUCAGCAACAUCUUACGUAACAUGGCUCAUUACUGGUGAAGAACACAGGCUGAACAAUGCUGCUGUUGCAAUUAACAGCAGAACUAACACAACACAAGCCCUUUGCACAUCGUCUUGAACCUGUUCAGUUUACAAUAACAGUAGUGUUUCUAUUAGGAGUUUGAUUUCUCAGUAGUUUGAAAUUUUAGAACACUUUCCUACACACUGUACAUUGUUUUUCCACAGAGGAAAUUUUAAAACAAAGCAUUUAACACUGAAUGAAUAUACUCGAGUGUACAUAUUUAUAGCCCAAAAAUGAAGUACUAGAACAGUCGCUGCAAUCCUCAAUCCAGCCGCAUGCACUAAAAAUCCCAAUAGGAGUAGGAUUUCAGUGCAUAUGACCAGAUGCAGUAUUGCAGUCUUAGGAUGAAAUUUGUUUUACAGUCUUUCUGCAAAAAACACAAAAAAAUCACAAAAAACAAAGAAUAACAGAUUUGUACAAAAUGCACUAAGAAGUAUCUCUAUGAUUUAGGGCUACUGCAUAACUUAGGAAUGUUUUCUUUCAAAAUAAUCUAACAAAUCAGCCAUAGAAGUUAGUGUAAAUAUUUUCUUUCCAAAUAGAUAUCAUAUACAAAAGGCAGCAUUCAAAUGAUAUAGAAUCUAGUUUUUAAAAUCAGCACAGAUCUUCUUAAAACUGUGAACUAUGUUUUGAAAUACUCGUUGCUAAAGCUGUUUAUAAACCACAGGUGCCAUAAAACCCCUAAACUAACGUUAUGUAUAACCUUUCAUAGUAUUAUUUAAUUGCUGUUUUAGAACUUUAGUAAGCAUGUGUUCUUUCACAUUUCUCCAUUCUCCAUAUCCUGUUUGUUGAGGCCUUCAGCUAUAAAUGUAUAAGCUUUAAAAAGUGCGCUUGCUACUAUUUCCUUUUAUUUCUGAAUGUGCAUUGCCUUAGCCAGCCACCAGAUGUUCUGCAUGCAUUCUUGGAAGUGUGUAGUGAGACUUUCUUUCAGAGCUGAAUGGGGAUAUUAGCUAUCUAUGAAAAGCACAGGGGAAAGGGUGUUCUGAAAAAGAGAGGGAGAUCAUUACAACAGUGUCCCUUUGAGUCACUGCAUCCUGUUCUAACAACAACAACAACAACAGGAAUGAGAAAAAUCACAGAACUUUUUUUCUACCAGGAUUCCUAUAAAAAUAGGUUGCAAUGAUUUUGGAGCCAUUACUUAUGUGGUAAAGAUGUAGAACUUCACUUACUGCAUUCCUACAUGGAAGAAUGAAAAAAUUCAGAGGUUUUCUUAUCAAUGAGCAAACUUAUGACUGCUUCUGUGGAUUUUCCCCCCAUUUUUAAGCCAAUGGUUGGCAUACCACAUCAUUAAACCUAACUAGGUUGACAGAAGUCUGCUGUCAUAGCUUGGUUUAAGAGUGUCACUCAUAAAACCCAGAUUUCCAGCCUGAUGGUGUUCCAGCCAAAAGAUUUCCAAGGCAUUGCAGACUGGAGCACUAGGGAAUGAUGAAUGCAAGAGUCUCCUAACCAUACGAGGCAUCGGGAACAGGCAGGUAGUCUUUGGGUCCUUCUGAAGUAAUCAUCAUAAUCAUCACAAUAUUUUCUCCCAAGGUCUUUACUCAAAUUGUUUCAAGAAAUUUAAAACAAUGCAAUUAAAAACAGAAAAAAUAAGCAAGACAAAACCAAUUACAGUAUUAAAAUAAUUCAGCUAAAAUACAGUUUUAAAAAUUAAAAGCUCAGUUAAAACAACACAGCACCCCCUAGCCCUUUAUUUUAUUUUACACUAUUUAUAUCCCACCCUUCUCACCCGAAAGGAAACUCAGAGCAGGUUGCAGAACACACAUACGGCAAACAUUCAAUGCCUAUUAUACAACAAUUAACAAAAACAGACAACACAAACAGAGGUAAAGGCAGUUUUUCCCAUUGUAUUUCUGGCAUCUUGGAGGCCGUGCUCAACUCCGGCCAUUGGGGGGGGGGGGUGCUGUCACUCCAUCUUCAAUGCCAAGGAGCUUUCCUUUGAAUAAUGUCCCUAAGGGUUCCUUUAUUACCUCCCCGCUAAAAGUGAUACCGAUUUUAUCUACUCACAUUUCUGUUUUCAACCUGCUAGGUGGUCAGGUGAGCUGGGGCUAACAACAGGUGCUCACUCUGACCCGGGCUCAGGCUGCCAACCUUCUGAUCAACAGGAUUUUUCUGUAGCAUAGCAGCUUAACUUGCUGUGCUAAGCCUGGUCCCUAAUUUUAAAACUCUCUGUUUUAAAAGCCAGUCUAAAUUAAAGGUUUUAGCUCACCAACAGAAAUACAAAAAAAAGAGGGUAUUCUGUCUUCCCUGGGUAGGAACCACUGAGAAGGCCCUCUGGACCUGAGCCAUAUAGGACUUUGUAGGUCAUAACCAACACUUUGAAUUGUGCCCAGAAUCACAUUGGCAGCCAGUAGAGCUGUUGCAAAAAAGGGAGUUGUAUGCUCCCUAUAGCAAAUGUUUAUCUCGAGACUACUGCAGAUGCCAUUUGCCUACACCUCAGUCUGCACUGCCUUCAGGCACUUCCAAACUGAAAAGAUGGAUUUAGGGAGUGAUGUUUGGUCAAUAAUUACUGUAGAUCUGAAUCUGCAACAGUUAUGAGAAUGACAAAUUGUUUAACUACUGAAUACUUUGGCAGCUAAGAUUCCCUGUAUUUUAUGCAGAACACUGUGCAGAACAAGUUUUCUUUUGAGGAAGGGCAUUUCCGAUGCUCAAAAGUCAUGGAAGAGCCCCAAAAUGCAAAAUAAAAAGGAUGCAGUUCACCAUGUUCUUAAGAAGAAGAAAAAUUGUAAAUAUUCUCUAUAUAUUUACAAUGCAGUCCUACCUAGUAACAGUUUAAAGUGAAAACAGAAAGCGGUGUAGAAAUGGCAAAGAUGCUAUUAAAAUAUUUCAUAUAUGAUACAACGUUAAUAUCAAACACCAUUUUAGAACUCAGUUCUAUCAGUCACAAGUUUAAUAGAAACAUUGUAGAAAAUGUAUUUUUGGAACAAUGCUAUCCCCAAAAUGUGUGUAUUUUAUUUGUCUGAAUUAGAAAUUUCAUUAGGGAUUCUAUAUGGAAUAAAUAUUACUUUGAUUAAAUUGUUAUCACUACUUAUCACAUAUGCACAGAAUCAUUGCUACCAUUAGCCAAUUUUCUCCUUGUCUACUUUGCAGCAUUGUCACUAAGUAGGACACUCAGAUUUCAGAUAACUAAGAAAAAACACUUAUUUAAAGACACACCCAUGUCCCCAUCAUUGCAAUAACUAACCUGUACUCCUGUAAUAUCUGCCAAGCUGACAUGUUUAACCUAUGAUAGCUUACCUCUCCGAUACCUUUCUCUCAGGAACUGGUUACUCUCUAAUAGUGCUUAGCACUAGUAAAUCUUGCUAACAGCUCAGGACCCCAGCCAGUUAAUUCCUGAAAAGAGAUGAAAUGAACUAUAACACAGCCAUACCCGGAUGAUCCCAAUCCAACCACAUUUCUACAGUUGGACUAAUAACCAUGUUGCUUUGAUGCCCGCCUUUAUUUAUAUACAAACAUUGCAUGUAAGAAUCAUGCAUGAAUCUAAUCAUUGCAAGAUAUGUGUAGCACUAUUAUUGCCUUCACCACCCAAGUACCAUUCUCUCAGCCUGGUUUCCUCACAGAAUCCCCAAGCAGAUCUCUAGGUGGCCUCUUGUACUCUGGAACUCCAAGAUUAAGCACUUUUUAUUUCCUCUCCAAAGCAAAACCUAGGUCAAGAUCCUGAAUCAGGAGAUAUGUCUGUAUUAUAAAGCUAUGUCUCCGUAGCUACAUCUCCCAAUGCAACCUCCAAACCCACCUUGUAUGUAGAUCAGCCGCCACUCCACUUUUCUGUGUAGUCAUUGAGAGGGAGGAUCAACAGGGAUGUGUCCUGCUGUUUUCCUAUAGAUGUCCUCAGAAAAUACCUGAACAUCUUACUGUUGCCUCUGCUCUCUGAAAACAUCCAAAUGAUCACUGUGGGUGGUGCUUACAAGGUCAGUUGGGGAAUGAUUUUGGUAACUGCAUGAUCAGAACAGAAUUCUGAUUGACGCAACCACCAAAGAAUGAGUUGCAAUGGUUUAAGUCUGAUUUAUGUCAUUGUAAUUCAACAGCAGGAUGUCAGCCCUAGUUUUACUAUAUAACCCAGCAGUUAAGCUGGCAAUGGCCCUACAAGGGCAAUGCUUUCUCACUGAUUUCUCUCCAACAUGUGAUGGGGAAGCUGCUUUGUGCCACACAUCUGAUACACCAGCCAACCUCCAUGUCAGCUGACACCAAUGUGCAACAAGGAUAAAAUUUAACUAUGGUGAACAUGUGUAAAAUCCCAGCAAUGUAGGUCAGAUCCCAUGGUUAAUUCUCACAUCUCAUGUGAUGUUGAGGCCUAUGGGAGUCAGACUUUAGGUAUGUGUAUCUUAACAAACCAUGUGAAGACAUGGGUGGCUUUUUUCCAUACAGUGGCACACAAUACAUGUAGGAGAUGGGUCAGGUGAGAGUCUGUCCUAUCUGGGCUUCUGUUUUAGCCUAUUCAGUUCUUGUUUGUUUGUUAAACUUGGUUUGGAUUGUAGAUUGUGAACAUUUAAAGUUACAGAAAUGGUUAAACUGGCCUGUAAUUCUUCAUGGGCCAUUUACUGCAGCCAAAAAUUUCAUGUAGAUUGUCAAUGGAAAGGUAAUGACGAGGCAGAAAUCAGAAUGUGUUGUUGAAGAGGAUUCUUGAAUGUUGAAAGAAAAGAUGGAGGAUAGAUUCUCUGUAAGUAGUAAUGUGAACUUAAAACUGCAUUAAAAGGUGUGUGGCCUUUGUUGUGAUAAUCUGUAUUUUCUUAUAUGCAUGAGACAAAAUGUUGCAUCAUUAUUUAGCCCAGAUGUCUGCUGUUAUUUUGAUCAUCUUCCCCCAUUCUUAUUAGUCUCUUGGAAUUACUGUAGAUAUAUCUUGUAAAUAUCACAAUGUCAGCUGACAACAGUUAGGUUGGUUCAGUUCAGUGCAAGGAUACUUGAAUGACAAGCACUCCACUGUGUCCUGAGAAGAGAAGGCAUUUUUUUCUUCUGAACCAAAAAUGUAUGAAGAGUUACACCUUGAGGCUACAAACUGUCUGAUGUUUUUAACUACUGUUAUUUCAUACCACUCCAAACGAAAUACGCACCACAAGUUUUACAUUAUUCAUUGCUAUUGUAAACAGCACUAUUAUCGUACUGGAUUUUUUGUAUUGCUGUUAAGUAUUGUUGUGUGUGUGCGUGUGUGUGUGUGUGCGUUCAAGCCUACUGGGGACAUGUUAUAUUUUGAAGUGAUUAAACUAUUUAAUUGUGUGUCUAUAUUUUGGAAUGGAAUUAUUUCUUCAUUAAAAGAAAGAAUUUUUAAAAGUAA